AUGGUGGUACGGAACAGCGUGCGUGUGGCCGUGAGGACGAGGCCCACGCCAAACUUCAACAACAAGAUCUUCAGCAUCGAUGAGGAACAUGGAACAAUUGAUGUAACUGUACCGCCCCGGAAUGAUGUCGCCCAUUUCAAGUUCGAUAUGAUGCUACACAAUGCUACACAGGAGCGUGUUUUUGACGAUUGUGUCCGAGACAUUAUCACGAGCGUCCUAGAAGGGUACAAUGGCACGGUCAUGGUUUACGGACAGACAGGCGCAGGCAAGACAUUCACAAUGAGCGGUGGCCUUCGGAGUUUCGAACUUCGGGGCAUCAUACCGCGUGCUAUCAGCGCCAUCUAUGAGGAAGCGUCAAACAGGCCUGAGACGGCCUACACCAUUCGCAUUUCGUAUGCCGAAAUAUACGGAGAAUGCAUGUACGACCUCCUCUCAUUGCUUUCCAUUGGCAAGCAGUCUGGAAAUGAACUUCAAAUACAAGAAGACGCCAAGGGUGGUCUGUUCGUUCGGGGAUUGACUGUCCGACUGGCUGCUACAGAAGAAGAGGCUCUUAACCACUUUUUCGAGGGUGAUAUGAAUCGGGCAGUCGCAGGGCACACAUUGAACACGCAGUCCAGCAGAUCUCACUGUAUCUUCAGCAUCUAUGUCGAGGGGAAAUCGCGGGUCGAGUCAAACGACAGAAUCGUGACCUCUAAGCUUCACCUAGUUGAUCUUGCGGGCUGCGAACGAGUCAAGAAGACAAAGUCUGACGGUAUUCUUCUGCGCGAAAGUUCCUACAUCAACAAGUCCCUCUCUUUUCUCGAGAUGGUUGUUGUCGCCCUAGGUGAGAGAGGUCGUGACCACAUUCCCUAUCGCUCUUCGAAGCUGACGCAUCUUCUCAAGGAUUCCCUUGGAGGGAACUGCCGGACAUGUAUGAUCACAAACAUAUGGCCCGAGCUGCAGCAUAUGGAGGAAACGAUCAGUACUUUGAGAUUCUCGACAAGGAUGAUGCGCGUUUCCAACAGAGCAAUUAUCAAUGUUCAAAUUGAUCCCUUGUCACUCCUACGCAAGUACGAGCGGGAAAUCCGCUCGCUGAAACAGGAGCUCCAGAUGCAGAAUAAUAUUUGCGGCCGAACACAAGUGGCGUACGAAGCCUUCUCUCCCGACGAAAAGGAGGAGAUGAAGAAGACCGCCCAAGCUUUCUUUGAGGGCGGUACUGAGCUUAUCGAGAUUUUUUCGCUCCGACAGGUUAACGAGUUGAUACAAACCAUGCGCGAGCUGUACCAGGAAGCCCUAGCAUCGAAACGAGAUCAGGCGGAACGCCAGCAGGCAUCGACUGGGACCGCCUCUGCCCACCAGGAGGCGGGUGACGGACAAACGGGCAAGCAGCGCGGUCUGCGCACCGCGACAGCCUCCUCAUUGAGCAACGUCUCUGUGGCGAAAGAAACUACGGCUGGAGGAACGGCCGCGCUCGAAGUGCAGCCGACAGCUGCAAGCGUCAAACUAGCUCCAAUACAUGUCGGAGUCGAAGAUCUUGCCGUCGGAGGAGCAUCUCUGGGGAUCGACCCCGACCAGUGCAUGCGGGAGCCGAGGCACAACAUCGAUAGGAACGAAAACCCGCAGCCGGCCCUAUACGAUCAAUCGCCGGAGCGGAAAAGUUUAAAGGGCAGCUUGCGUGCGCGGCUGACGCGGACCCGCGAGCGAGAGAUGGUCGACCGCAAGCAAGCGUAUUUUCACUUCAAACAGGGUGAAGGCAGGAUAUACGAGGAGAGUUUUAUGCAGAUUCGACACGAUCUCAAUGAAAAACGUCUGGCUUCCACGACGCUUGCAACGAAUAUAACGGCUUUCGUGGACGAGAUGGAGUCACUCAAAGAAAAGCUGCGGCUCAAACAAGAAGCAGCCACCGAAUCUUUGAUGCUGGUGCCUGGGAGCGACGGCCAGAGAGUGGUGGACGAAGAAGAGUUUAUGCUGAUGAAGAAGUUGAAAGAGACGAAAAACAAGAUAAAGGCUGCUAUGCGAGAACGGAAAGACAUUAAGGCUGCUCUGACCCAAGGCGAACAUGAAAUUUCACGCUGCAAGAUCGAGCUCGUGAACGCCUUCAACGCAUGGUAUCUUCAGCCCUCCAUUGUUCUGUAG